GUGAUAGAUGCUGUUACCGCGCUCGGCAUUCGUGAUGUGAGUCAGUUUACUCAAGUCGAAUCUGAUUACUACGAAUGGGAGUUACAGCGCCGAGCUGACCGCGUCAAUGCUCCCAGCGAAGCCCACCUGUGCAAAACUCUCAUUUUCGAGAACACACGUUGUACCCACAAUGAGAUUUCAGGUAUGCCCCUUGCUUGUUAUAUCGCGCCUGUCAAUGCCCAAAAAUUGCUGAAUUUCGGGCGUCGAUUGAAAAAUAAAGAGAUCAGCAAAAAAUAUUACAAAUUUCGUUUGGCAGAUCCAGAGGUAUCGUUUCAAUUGACCGGUUUCCGUAAAGGCGGGGUUUGCCCCUUUGGUAUGAAGCAGCCGCUCCCUGUUAUUUUGGCCGAAUCCAUUACAAAGCUCGAGGUAAGACUACAAGAAGAGAGUCAUCGGGUCUAUUGA